AUGAGCUUCCCCAACGAGCCCUUCUUCCGACGUCUGGUUGAAUUUGCCAAUGGCCCUACCCGUGACAUUAUCAGCGAUGACAUAUCAGGCAUUAAAAUCACCUAUCGACAGCUGCUGUCGGGGGUGCUUCGAUUCCGGCAACUCCUUCAAGAGCGACUGCCUCAAACAGCCCUGGAUAGCAGCGAAAUGCUUCGCGAGCCUGUGUGUAUAGGAAUCCUCGCCCCAGCCAGCAUAGAAUUUGUUGUGGCGUUUCUGGCAAUCUUGUCCCUCGGUGGUACCAUUGCCCCAUUAUCUACAGCCGAAUCAGCCGAAGCAACCUGGGACCGCAUCGCGAAAUGCAACGCUGCAUGUGUUUUAUACAGCCCACAGCAAGCCGAACUCAUGUGGUUCAUUCGGCGCCGCGCUCUCCUCACCACCGGCAAUGAAAUUUGCUCCAUUGCCAUCAGCGCUCACGCCGGCAACACACCUCCAACUCUCCAAUUUACCACAGAUCAGCCGACUAAUUUCCCAUCCACGCGCACCGCGCUUCUGCUCUUUACCUCGGGAACUAUGGGCCCGCCCAAAGGCGUCCUUCACUCGCGGAAGUUCUUCAACACCGACGUCGAUCCCAUUGGCGCCGAGGAUGACGCCCUCCUCUUCACUCGAGCAGCAGGCUACAUUGGUUCUAUCCGCCUGAUAGUCAACAUGCUUCUGCGGGGUAUUCGCAUUGAGCUGUGGCCGUACCUGGUGGACGCGGACAUGAUCUGGGAACGUCUGCGACAAGGCGGAAUUACCGUACUUCAUCUAUUGCCGACCACGUGGCGGAACCUGAUGCUCGUGUACCGGGAUAAGUUGAGUGUGCUCCCUCCCGUAGAGUGCGAAGAGUACUGCGCCGGAGCGCGCCAGCUGCGCGAAGUGACUGCUGGUGGGCAGGUGAUGCUGCAGGAGGUCAAACUGUUUUGGCGAGAUAUGCUGGGUGGGCGAUGCGUUAGUGUUAUCUAUGGCGGCACGGAGAUGGGAAUUUCACCAUUCAAAGCGUUGGGAGACGAUUCUCUCGUGAAGCGAACUAUCGGAAAGCCUGUACCCGGUGUAGACUUUAAGUUGAGUGAGGGCAGCAGAGGAGAGUUGCUUGUCAGGACUCCUGUGCUGUUUACCGGAUAUCUGGAGAACCCCCAGGCAACAAGCAAUGCCUUUGACAACGAUGGAUUCUUCCGCACCGGGGAUAUCAUCAGCUACAACGGCAGCGUAUAUGAGAUCGAAGGUCGGGCCGAAUGUGACUUCAUCCCAACCUUCGGUGGCAGGGUAUUAGCGCCCAAGAUCCGCAAAGCCCUCCUUGACAUCCCAGGGGUGAUGGAAGGGCACAUCUUCGCGGUCCCAGACCCCAAGUACGUCAAUCACGUCGCGGCUCUGGUGCGUCUACGGGGUGGUACCACCCUUUGCCAAGAGCGAGGCAUGCUAAACCUAACGACUCUACGACGGGAUCUGGCGCAUUCACUCACAGAGCACGAGCUGCCGACUCUUCUCCGACUUGUGGGAGCCGGGGAGGAGAUUCCCCAGGGUGUAUCGGGGAAGCUUUUGUACCAGAAAGCGCGCGAGAUGUAUUUCCCCCUAGGCUCCGCAUAUCUACCUGAGGUCCAGAGGCUUUGA